AUGUGGAGAAGAGGCACUGUAUAAUUAACUCAUCAAGCCAUGAAGUCUUGACAAGUGAACCGGUCCUGUAGAUAAGUGGACACUUCCAUCAUGAAUAUGUAGCAGCAGCACUGUGACAGACUCAUUUGUUAUGUUGCAGACAGAGCAGACGUCCUCCUCCACAGCCCCAGCAGCACUCUCCUCCUGAUAGCAUGUUGUGAUAUAAACCAAUUGUCGUCGCAAGCAAAUGCAGAAGCAAUAGCAUGUCACUCAUAGUUGAGCAUGGCAGAUAGAAAGGGAAAACGAGCCACUCCUAUCAAACCACUCACACAGAAAGAACUGAAAAAACUAAAGAAAAAGGAGGAAGAGAAAGCAGCAGAGGUUUUUGAAGAGUUUGUGGCAUCAUUUGAGUCAAAUAAGAAAAGUGGCCAAAAACCCUUUGUCCAUGGGGGUAUUGUGAAUGUAACUAAAGAGGAGGAGGCAGCAGCGCUCAAGAAAAUUAAGCUGUAUCGGCCUCCCACCAAGUUGAGUCCUGUGUCCCAGCAUGUCUCAUCAGCAUCAGCUGCUGAGAGCAAAAGGGCUGCUCAUAAAAGAACGACGGAUGAAAAACAGAAGAGUAAUCUUGAACUCUUCAAAGAAGAACUUAAGAUAAUACAAGAAGAGCGCAAGGAAAGGCAUAAAAGGAAGAAAAAUGAAACAGACUGGGAAGGAGGAGAAGGAGAUCUGGACAUACCAUCAGCAGGACGAUCAAUAUAUGAUGGGAUUUCAGCACCAAGCACCACUAACCUCUUCUUAUGCCAGAUUAAUCCAAAGAUGAAUGAGGAGAUGCUCUGCCAAGAGUUUUGCGAGUACGGCCCCCUGGCCAGUGUGAAGAUAAUGUGGCCCCGAAAUGCAGAGGAGCGCUUAAGGAUCUCCAACAGAGCAUUUGUUGCCUUCAUGACACGGAGAGAUGCAGAAAGAGCUAUGGCUGCACUUGAAGGUAAAAAAAUCAUGGGGUUUGUGAUGAAGCUAGGGUGGGCUAAACCAGUUCGCAUUCCACGUCAGCCAAUCUACACAUCAACAGGGGUGAGGGCAACACCGCCACCUCAUUCUGGUCUGCCGUUCAAUGCUCAGCCAUUGGAUCGCUUCCGCAAUGACUUCACCAAGCCGUUGGACAUGGACAAAGGGAAGCUUGACAAGACUUUGUCCAAAGCCGUAGUCCAAGUGGUAAUCCCAAAAGAAAGGAAUCUUUUGUUCCUUAUUCACAAGAUGAUAGAGUUUGUGGUGCGUGAAGGCUUUGUGUUUGAAGCUGUAAUAAUGAACAAAGAAAUAAACAAUCCAGAUUACAGGUUCCUUUUCGACAACAAAAGUCAAGAUCACGUGUACUACCGCUGGAGACUGUUCUCAAUCCUCCAGGGAGAUUCCCAAACAGACUGGAGGACUACAGAUUUUUGUCUGUUCCGUGGUGGCUCCAUAUGGAGGCCCCCUAUUCCUGUCAGCCACUCCCAGGGAGGUGAAGAUGAGGAGGAAGAAGAGGAGGUGAAGAAAGGGCAGCUAAGGGCUAAAGACAGACAGAGGCUGCAGACAUUACUCACAGAGCUCAUUCCAAGAAGAGAAGAUAUCGCUGUUGCCAUGCUGUUCUGUUUGGAGCAAUCAAAUGCAGCAGAGGAAGUAGUGAGACGCAUCACUGAGUCUUUUUCGUUGACUCCAACACCUCUUUGCAACAAGAUUGCGAGAUUGUAUCUUGUGUCCGACAUCUUGCACAACUCUUUUGCAAAAGUUCCGGGUGCAUCACAGUAUCGUAAACAUUUUGAAAAAAUGUUAACACAGAUAUUCCAAGACCUUAAUACAGCAUACAACAACAUACAAGCCAGGCUGCAGGCUGAGCAGUUUAAGAAAAAGGUCAUGAGCUGUUUCCGAGCAUGGGAAUUCUGGGAUAUUUAUCCUGACUAUUAUCUAAUCCACCUGCAAAACAUCUUUCUGGGCUUAGCCAAAGCAGAGGAGCCGUCCUCAGAGACGCCCGAGGAUGUGUCCUCUGAUCUCGAUGGUGCGCCAAUGGACAGUGAAACUAUAAGUUCAAACUCAGCUCUUGUGGAUGACCUCGAUGGCUGCCCGUUGGGCUGGGAUCCUCUGGAUGGAGACCCCGUUGAUGACAUAGACGGCGUUCCCCUCAGAGUCGCAGUUGAUGACAUUGAUGGGAUGCCCUUGGAUGACAGCACUGUUCCUCUGUCUAAGUGGGAGAGGACAGGUGACACUGGGACAUUUUCUCAAGCCGUCACUGAGUCUAAUUGGGACAUGGUGAUGGAGCAGGACAGUGAAGAUGAAGUGAAUGUAAGUGUCGACUCACAGGAUGCUAAUAAGGACUCAGAGAGUGACAGCAGUGAUGACUGGGGCAGUACAGCCAAAUAUGACAGUGCAGACUUCCAGCGCUCCCUCAGACGCUUUCAGAUGUCUGAGAGCAAAAGGAAAAGAUUGAGAGAGCUGGAGGUAAAGGUUAUGAAGAUCCAAGAUGAGCUGGAGUCUGGCAAGAGGCUGAGUAAGUCUGGAAUGAGCAUACAGAAAGAAGUCGAGCACUACAGGAACAAGCUGCUGCAGAAGGAGUUUGAAAAAGAUCAAGAAAAGAAUGGGAGACUGAGAUCAAAAUCCAAAGACAGCUCAAAAGAUGACAGAAGACACAAAGAAAGGCGCAAAAAAAGAGAAGACGGGGACAGAAGAAGAGGGCAGAGUAGAGAUCUCGUUGACCAGACCCGACAAUCGAGGAGCAGUUCUCCUUUAAAGCAAGUGAUUGCCGGAUCAGUAUCAAAGCAUUCAUCCUGGUUGUUAUUCCUGAAGUCUACCUGUUAUCAAUUGUUCCCCUUUUUUUUUUCACAGAAAGAAGUCCGCCAAACAGUCCAAAAGUUCCCGAUCGCCAUCUCUGGACAGGAAGCUGUGGAAGUCCAGGUCCCGGUCACCACAUCACUCCCACAAGAAGGCAAAAAAGAGCAAACAUUGACUCUGAGCUCUGGACUUUGUCCUCCAUUAAGGCUGGCUUCCUCUUUUAACAGACCGACACAUCUGUUCUCUUGGUCCCCACUCUCACCAUCAGUACAAGAUUGAGCACUUUUUUUUAUAUGAAGAAGUUUGAACACCGUAAAGAAUAUGUAUAUUUUUGUUUUUAUGUUUGUUAAAAAAUGACAACCUGCAAGUCUGACACUGAAUAAAUCACUCUGUGAUGA